AUGAAGAGUCUUUUAAUAUCAACGAGUCAACAAGAAAAAUUGUUACAUGAUGAAACCGAAAGACGUCGAACAUUACGUUUACUACAACUUCGUCAAACGGAAAAACAACGGGCUGCUAGUUUACGACAAAAUGUUACCAAAGAAAAAAAGAAGCAGACGUAUUUAUUAAUUAAACAAUUGCAGAGUGAUUGGUUACAACAAAAAGUAGAAAUAAAUGAAAAUCUUGAAUAUCAAUUUCGUGAAAAUCUCAUGGAAAUGGGAAAAAGCCAUCAAGCAGCUAUUGAUCAGCCUGAUUAUGAAAAACAAUGGUUACAAAAAACGGUUGAAAAUGAUUCGAAAGCAAUUGAACGUGGUCAAUAUGCAUUAGAUAAAUUACAUACUGAUCAAAUGAACACUGAAAAUGAUCGAAAUCUUCAUUUACUACAUCGAAAAGCGGCACUGGAAUUAGAAAAGAUCAGAUCACAAAAUAUCGCUAAACUACCACUACCGGACGACCCGUUAAGAGAUUUACAAUCAAAACCAACAACUAUUGUUACUGUUCAUGAUCCAUAUAACUUUACAACGACACGCUAUCAUCUUGAAGAAAGAUUAGUGAAUAAAGAAGACGAUCAGGAGGUUAAACCUAAAGAUGCUCUGAUUGAACAAGAACGUGUUGAUGAUUUUUUAAAUGACAAACAUCGUCUAUGGAGUGAACAACAGGAAAAAGCGCGAGUUCGAGGAGAAAAUGCAUUGAAAAAAGAAGUGAUUGAUAACGCUUAUGAUAAUGUCUUGGAAGAUUUAAAUAAAUUAGAACGACAAGAUCGUGAACGUAGACAAAAAGAAAAAAAUAUUUUUUUGCCCCCUUGGCGUCGGGAAGAAGAAAGACAAGAACGACAACGAAAAAUGGAAACAGCCUUUGAACAAGUCUAUCAAGAUAAAAAUAAAAAACAACCUGUGCCAAUUGUGCUUAUGAAUGAUGGUGAAGAAGAUGAUGAAGACAUUGCCGAACACGAUCGUACUCUAACACCGGGAAAUGAUGAAAAAGAUGUCCAACAAUAUCGCAUGACAACCGUCGCUUCUACAACGACAAACAAAAAUCCAACUCCGACCGUUGCUAUCAUGACCGAGAAUGAAUUCGAUUUGGAUAGUACAAUGAAUGGAGCUGAAGCCACCCUGGCUGAUCCAACAUUAGCCACGCUACACAACCUUCAAACGCCUGUUUUCUUUAUGCCUGAGUCUGGUCAACCACAACAGCAAAAUAUGCAACGUUUAAUGCAAAAAAUUGAACGACAACGACAGGAUGCUUAUAAACGCAGUUUAAUCGAAAUUGAAAUAGAAGAACAUCAACACGAACAAUCACCGUUACAAAAUCAUAAAACACCAAAACAUCUUGUAGUCAGUCCCGGUUACUUGGAAACAUCGUCAGUUACAUCAUCAUUUGCCGGUGUAGAAAAAACGCGAAUAUCAACAAUGGUUGACGGUAGUCAUAGUCAAAUGAAUGAAGCUGAUGAAAAACGAAAACAAUUGGAAUUGCGUAAACAAUCUCUUGAAGAACAAAUUCGUUUAUUAUCCGAACGUGAACGUGCUAUUGACAUUUUAUCUUCUAUGAAACAAGAACAACCAUUAGUUCCUGCUUCAUCAUCGUCAGCGAUGAGUACUAGUUCUGUAUCAAAUCAUGAUUGUUCUAUUGAAAGUUUACUACUGAAUUACAAAAAUAAUUUCAAUCAUCAGGCAACCGCUACGACGACCACAACCAGUAGUUCUCAAAAUUUAGUAAAUCAUCAGCCAUUGGAUUUGAAAGAUGACUGGAAUUUCGUUCAAGCUGUCUCAGCUAUUGUAUCGACGUCAGAGGAUGAAGAAGGCGAGUCUUCUUCCUCUGCAACACCUACCAUAUCGCGAUUACGAUUAGAUAGGUAUGAUAGUCACUCAUCAGAAGAUCGAGAUCAUUCAUUAGAAGAAUUAAUAUCACGAUUAAAAGCAACACAAAAUAAAGAUCAACAACCACAAAAUGAUCCAUUAAGUAUAUUAAAGAACUGUAUGAGACAACAGCAGCGUCUCGAUUAUCAUGAUAGUCAUUCGACAGAUGAGAGAGAUUUGUCGGUUGAAAGUUAUAUACAACCACCGACAACAAUAACGACAACGGGAGAGAAUAAUGUACAAUCACAGCCAGAUUGUUUAAGUGUUAAUCAAACAUUAGAAAGAAUUUUACAUUCAUUAAAAGCCCAUACAGUUGUAACAGAACCAGUAAUAGUGGAUGACUUUGUUGAUGAUGCUCUGUCCGAAGAUACAUCGUCAGUAGUAUCAAAUGAUCCACGUCGCAGUGACACAAACAUUUUAAAUUUAUUACUAGUUCAAGAUCAAAAUGAACAGCAACAGCAAAUAACGAGUCCUACAAAGGCGGAUAUUGAUGAAAUUCAAACACGAUUUCAGAAAGAAAAACGUUUAAUUGAACAAGAAUUAGAAAUGAUUCGACAAGAAAGAGAAAUGAUAUUGCAUCAAAAUAGACAAAAUAUGAACGGACAAACGUUCUUCAGCAAACAAGAUGAUUCUUCAUCACGUAUUCCUCUAGCGCCACCACCGCCACCUCCAUCGAUUUUACGCUCUAAAAUCACUGGUGAUAUUCAACAUAUUCAUGAAUUGAGUACAAUACAAGAAGUCGAUACUCCUGUAAGCUCGCGAAAUACUACAUUUCAACAUUAUUAUCAAAGUCCAUUUAAAUCCGCAACAAAUGAUCCACCAUUAGAACGAAUAUCGUCAGCUGAUAAUUCGGUGGAUAUUUCGACAUCAUCGUCUUCUGGCUCUUUGGCAGCCUCAUUUCGAUCUUUAAAUAAGAAAACGAAGAAAACUAGUGUAAUCCCGCUACCAGUUGACUUGAAAACAUCUGGCAUUCCCGCUGGCGGUUACUCAAGUGGUUUAGAACGUGAUGAUUCAGGGAUAUCAUUGAAUGGUGGUACACGUUCUACAGCUACACGUCUAUCGACAGCAACAUUAGUGAAAAGUUCGACAACAGCCAGUAGCGGCAUUGGAAGUAUGAUCAAUGCAAAUGGUGGACAAUAUAACACAGCACUUGCGAAUAACGAUAAUCAAGAAAUGUCUACCACGAAUCGUAUUCGAACAAUAACAAAUGAUAGUACUACGAACAGCACCACUGUAAACACAAAUAGUGGAAAUCAAAAUUCACAAAUAACACCACGUUCAGACGACUCACUCAGUCAUAUGUCAUCGGUAUCGAAAAAAUGGCGAGAUAUAUUAGCGAAUGAAUGUAAUAGUAACACGAGCGCUACUGUACCCACAAUAGUUCCAAAUGCCAUAGAAAAUCAGAAACAAACAUCACCUAUUCCACAACAACAGCAACAAUAUUCAAAUUUUCAACAAUUAUUCGAUUUAGAUCGAUUUAUGCAGAAAAAAUCAGAAUUAACACAUUCAUUUGGAUUCACAGCAAGCCAUGAACAGCAACAGCAAAAUUUAACAAAGAUAUCACCUCAGAUAAAUGCCAACACUAUAGGUAAGGCGGAACUACAAACACCAGUAUUACCAUCCGUCUCUCGAGCAACCUCCUCUUCUUCAAUUCAUCAAACUCAAGAACAAUUAUUACGUGAGCAGUACUCAAAUGAAGAGUGUGAUUUAAUGUCUUUAUUAAAAGUUCAUGAAUAUUUAACAAAACAACAUACAACCGUUUUGAAAUCCGACAAUGGACAUUCAUCGUCACCAGUUCCAUUUAUUAAUAGUACUGUUACUCAACUUUCAUCAUUCGACGAUGAAUUAAAUAGUCCAUUAUAUAGAAAACCUCAUCAUCAAAAUUCUGCGUCGACAUUAACUUCAGUUACUUAUCGUUCAUCUUUAAUCAAUAAUAAUCACGCCACUUCCUCAUCAGAUAAUAAUCGAAAACAGUCGUUUUCAUCUCAUACAUCUUCUCAAACAGCUCCAGUAGCAUUUAAAAAGGAUACUCCUCAACAGCAGUCUCCAUCAAAUAACAGUAGCUUUUUGAAUGACAUUCAACAUUUAAGUUCACCAAAUACAUUUGAAACAUCUAUGACAUCAUCACGAUCACCAUCAUCAAAAAAACCAGUAGAUACUCUAAGUUACUUGAUAGAACAAAACCAAUUAGCAAUGAAUCGUUUGGUAUCCUUGGAGCCAGUAGUAGAUAAGUCAUUUUCAACAUCUGUGGGAUCAAAACAACCAACCAAAAUAUUAGAUUUUUCUGCUUCUUCAUCAAAACAAGAAGAAAAAGCAGAUUUAAAUUCGACUGUCUAUUCGUCGGCAUCUGUAAGACAAGUAGAAUAUGAAAGUGGAUUAUUAACCACAUUUGAUAUGAAUAACCAGAAUCAACAAACAAUUAUGACCACUAACACAACCAAUUCAUCGUUAUAUCAAAGUAAAACGCCAGAUUCAUACACACUAACACCAGAAACACGGCAAAUGAUUGCACAAGUAUUUGGCGAUGAAAAAAUACCAAUAACAGUAGAAGAACAAACAGAAGCAAUCGAAAAGAAAGAACAAUUAUCAGGUACAACUAAUGAAGUAAUAAAAGAAUUUUCAAAGAAUUGUUCAGCCUCAGCCAUGACAGAAGUUAAAACAACAUCGUCGGAAAGCAUUCUUGAAACAGGUUCAUUAGCGACAUUCGAUUUUCUCAACAAUAAUCACUUAUCAAUCGAUAUCUAUCCAAAAAUCGAUCUUGAUGAGAAAGGUAUAAUGGAUGAACCUUCAAUAACACUACCAUCAAACAGUUAUCGUUCAUUAAGUUCAAAUGGUCAACAUUUAAAGAAUUCUUCGGUUCAACGCAAUAGCCACAUGAGUAGUGUUAAUUCAUUACCAGGUCAAAUGAAAAAAUGUUGUUCAUCUCCGUUAAGUGAUAAAACAAGUGCGUGUACAACACCCUCAUUAUCACCAAUCAAAGCUGACUAUUCACAACGUCAAACGCCUCAUUUAAUUGAAAAUCGACUGAAUGGUGCCUCUACGCCGUUAAUAUCCUCACAACAACACCAACACCAACAUCAACAAACUAUCCGACAAUCAAUAACAACGUCAAGUGAUUCAUCUCAUCAUCAUAAACAUAAAACAAAAACAAAUAAAAAUAAUGAAUCAUUAUUAUCGUUUGAAAAACAUGAGUUAAGUGCGGGCGGUGGCUUGGCAUCCGAUGAAAGUGAAAUAAAAUCAUUAGAUCAUUCACCAAUACGACAUAAUACUGAAAAUGAUUGGUCUUAUUUUAUUACUGUUAAUGAACAAUUAGAAUUACCCAAAUCUCUCCCAGUCAAUGGUUCACCUUCUUCUUCUUCUAUGUCAUCGAGUAUAUCGGUAAAUAGUAAGAAGAAAUCAGAAACACAUAUUGGUGGUGUCGAAUUCUUUGUUCAUGAUAAUCUGACACCAGGUAGGUAAAAUUGAAAUCAUUGCUCCAAAGUAUUAGUUUAUCAGGACAAAGAGGUAUUUGCUCAACGGAAUGAACUAUUCUCUACUUUAAUUUUAGCUCAAAUAGCAUUGCCAUCUUUACAGUCAUCUUUAAUAUCGAAACGUUCGGAUUUUUUGCAAUCAAGUCAAAAACGCGUGGAGGAUAUUAAAAACAAGGAUUAUUCAAAAACAAUAAAAUUACCAAUUCCAUCCUCUUCUUCCUCUUCUUCUUCUCCUUCCUCAUUAUCAAGCGAUGAAAAGCCCAAAUCAUCAGUAAAAGCAAAUUCUGUUUUACAAA